UAAUUGUUCGUCAAAGCGAUAACAAGUGAAAUUUAAAGAGAGCACUUUUUUGUGAAAGGAAAUUUAAAAGUUUUUGAAAAAAAUCAUCAAAUUUGCGAAGAAAAUAUCUAAUUGAACCAAGAAAAAAUGCAGAUCUUUGUUAAAACAUUGACUGGAAAAACCAUCACCCUUGAGGUUGAGCCUUCUGAUACCAUCGAGAAUGUAAAGGCUAAGAUCCAAGAUAAGGAAGGAAUCCCCCCAGAUCAGCAACGUUUGAUUUUCGCCGGAAAACAACUCGAGGAUGGUCGUACUUUGAGCGAUUAUAACAUCCAAAAGGAAUCCACGCUCCAUUUGGUCCUUCGUCUUCGCGGAGGUAUGCAAAUUUUCGUCAAAACUUUGACUGGAAAGACCAUCACUCUCGAAGUUGAACCCUCCGACACCAUCGAGAACGUUAAGGCAAAGAUUCAAGACAAGGAAGGAAUCCCCCCAGAUCAGCAACGUUUGAUCUUCGCCGGAAAACAAUUGGAAGAUGGUCGUACUUUGUCGGAUUACAACAUCCAAAAGGAAUCAACCUUGCAUUUGGUCCUUCGUCUUCGCGGAGGUAUGCAAAUCUUCGUAAAAACCUUGACUGGAAAGACAAUUACCCUCGAAGUCGAACCCUCCGACACCAUUGAGAACGUUAAGGCAAAGAUUCAAGACAAGGAAGGAAUCCCCCCAGAUCAGCAACGUUUGAUUUUCGCCGGAAAACAACUCGAGGAUGGUCGUACAUUGUCGGAUUACAACAUCCAAAAAGAAUCCACGCUCCAUUUGGUCCUUCGUCUUCGCGGAGGUAUGCAAAUCUUCGUCAAGACUUUGACUGGAAAGACCAUCACUCUCGAAGUCGAACCCUCCGACACGAUCGAAAACGUCAAGGCUAAGAUUCAAGACAAGGAAGGAAUCCCCCCAGAUCAGCAACGUUUGAUCUUCGCCGGAAAACAAUUGGAAGAUGGUCGUACUUUGUCGGAUUAUAACAUCCAAAAGGAAUCUACUCUCCAUUUGGUCCUUCGUCUUCGCGGAGGUAUGCAAAUCUUCGUCAAAACCUUGACAGGAAAGACAAUUACUCUCGAAGUUGAGCCUUCCGACACGAUUGAAAACGUCAAGGCAAAGAUUCAAGACAAGGAAGGUAUCCCCCCAGAUCAGCAACGUUUGAUCUUCGCCGGAAAACAACUCGAAGAUGGUCGUACUUUGUCGGAUUACAACAUCCAAAAAGAAUCCACGCUCCAUUUGGUCCUUCGUCUUCGCGGAGGUAUGCAAAUCUUCGUCAAAACUUUGACUGGAAAGACCAUCACUCUCGAAGUCGAGCCUUCCGACACCAUCGAAAACGUUAAGGCUAAGAUUCAAGACAAGGAAGGAAUCCCCCCAGAUCAGCAACGUUUGAUCUUCGCCGGAAAACAACUCGAAGAUGGUCGUACUUUGAGCGAUUAUAACAUCCAAAAGGAAUCUACGCUCCAUUUGGUCCUUCGUCUUCGCGGAGGUAUGCAAAUCUUCGUCAAAACCUUGACUGGAAAGACCAUCACAUUGGAAGUCGAGCCCUCCGACACUAUUGAGAACGUCAAGGCUAAGAUUCAAGAUAAGGAAGGAAUCCCCCCAGAUCAGCAACGUCUCAUUUUCGCCGGAAAACAAUUGGAAGACGGGCGCACUUUGUCGGAUUACAACAUCCAAAAGGAAUCCACGCUCCAUUUGGUUCUCCGUUUGCGUGGCGGUAUGCAAAUCUUCGUUAAAACCUUGACGGGCAAAACAAUCACAUUGGAAGUCGAGCCAUCAGAUACCAUCGACAACGUCAAAUCCAAAAUCCAAGACAAGGAAGGCAUUCCCCCAGAUCAGCAACGUCUUAUCUUUGCUGGCAAGCAACUUGAAGAUGGUCGUACUUUGAGCGACUAUAACAUCCAGAAGGAGUCAACUUUGCAUUUGGUUCUUCGUCUUCGCGGAGGAAACUAAAUUCAUUAACUGAGAAUCUCCUAAAUUUCAUUAAAAAGUAUUGCUUUAAAAUUCCAAAACCAAAAAAAUAUCACUUUUUUAUAUUUUUUGAGAAUUAUUCACCAAGUACUUUCAUAAUUUGUAGUAGAUUCAAAACUUUCCUUAAAUUAUUCAAUGAUUUUCAGUCAGAAAAAUAAAUAAACGAAAUUAAAUUGAUGGAUUAAAA